GGCCCUCUUCCGGCUGGUCCCCCUCCGGCCGGUCCCCUUCCGGAUGGCCCUCUUCCGGCUGGUGCCCUUCCGGCUGGUGCCCUUCCGGCUGGCCCUCUUCCGUUUGGUCCUCUUCCAGCUGGCCCUCCUCCUCCGGGACCCCCUGGGCCAGCUCUCUACCCACCGCCACCACCCUUUGCGUAUUUCCCUCCACCCCCGCUUGUCGUGGGCGGACCUUAUUUCAUGAUCGAAGAGAAAGAUGUCAUCUUCCCGCCGCAACAUCGCCCAUUUGUACGGAAGAAUACUUACAAAGGGGGGAACGUCUAUGACAACAACGACUCCGAGAAUACAAAUACCAAAGUUGCCAACACGGAAAAUAAAGCCAAAAACCUUAACCUUAAAAAAGCUGGGGAUUCAUCCAAUACGGUCGAUACCGGGAAGGUACCGGUGCUAAAUGGAACCAACACGGACGAGAACACCGACCCCGAUCAAAACAGAAAUGAGGAGGUCGCGGUUGCCAAGAACGUCGAAAAGAAUGUAAACGUUGAUGUUGGGAAAUCUGCCGGAGGAGCUGCUAUUGGCGCCCAGCAGCAAGGAACGACUUUCCUUCCGGGUGGUGUUAUGCCCGUCGGAAUGACCGACAUCGUCUUCCCCGAUAUUAUCAUUACAAACUCGAAUGAUAUCAACAACGCCAAUGAGAAUCAGAAUCGGGUGGCAUCCUCUAACGAGAAUCAGAACCAAAACCCGAACAACCUCGCGAACAAGAAUGCUGCCGUUGCGGAGCAAAACUUUGCCGAGAACAACUUUAUGUUCAAUGAAGAGAAGAACUUCUUCUAUCUCAAUGCUCUAGGAGAUGUUGUGGGCGCGGCUGAGGUUGUUGAGGUGCCUUCGCCGGUCACUCUAGUUGUCUCUGUUACCGAAGUCGUGCAGGUUGAAUCAACACAUAAACCUUGCAUUACCUGCCCUCCGACAAUCGAAUUUAUUCCCGUCACGUAUGUCAUCCCCAAAGAAACAGUCAUCGAGCAGGUCCAUUUCCCAGGCGAGACCGUAAUUGAGCAGAUUCAACUUCCUGGACAGACAUAUGUGGAGCAAAUUCAGCUUCCCCGAGAGACCAUCAUUGAGCAAAUCCAACUUCCAGGACAGACUUACAUCGAGCAACUGCCUGGGGAAACCAUCAUCGAGCAAAUUCAACUUCCAGGACGGACCUUUACCGAGAAGGUUCCGGGCCCAACGUGCUUCGAGAAGUUACCCGGGGAGACCAUCACUAAGCAAGUCCUACUCCCCGGCAAGACGUUUUACGAAAAACUCCCUGGUGAGACGGUGGUUGAGACAAUCGUGCUCCCGGGAGAGACUGUUAUCGAAGAGAUUGUCCUCCCUGGUAAGACCGUCAUAUGCGAGCGGGAGGUCACUGUGCAGAUCACUAAAACAAUCCCUCCUACCACUGUCAUUGAGAAGAAAAGCAUUAUCAUUGAAAAGGAAGCUCUGGUCACCAUCCCGCCAAAAACAGUCACCCAACAGGCAACCGUGACUAUCGAGAACAAAGUCGUCAUCACUACGGCCCCCAAGACUAUUCCGGAGAAUGUUUACAUAUCCGAGGAGGUCAGGAUACCAGUGACGGUGACAAAAGAAAAUAAGGUUUACGUCUCGGAAGAAGUCACCAUCCCGGUCACAGUUACGGAAGAGAAAAAUGUUUACAUCUCGGAAGAGGUCAAGAUUCCCGUUACUAUCGUGGAAGAGGAAAUUGUGGAGGUCUGCAUCACUAAAGAAGUGCCCGUCCCUACAGUGAUAUAUAUCCCCGGAAUUGCUACCCCAUUGGCCACGACCGUGACCAAGGAAGUUGUACUGCCUGGCCAAGUCGUCACUAAAUUCCUUCAUAGCGUCCCCACUCCUGUUGUCAAUACGGUCAAAGUUCCGGUGACAGUUAAGGAGAAGGAGGAAGUCUAUAUUACCCAGGAAGUCAAAAUACCCUGUGUCCAGGAGGUCUUCGUCACCAAAGAGAUUAUGCUCACUAGUGUGGUCAAUGUCCCCGGAGCUCCUACUCCGGUCGUGGAGACUCUUAAGAUACCAUGCCCUGCCGAGGUCAUCACCGUCACUUCGGAAAUUUUCCAACCACCAAUAGUGAUAACCCAGCCAGCGAAAAUCAUUACCGUGCCUGGAGAGACUGUAGUCAUUCCCUGUAGGAUUGCAACUACCCGGGUUUGCCCUAAGUGCCCAGGGGUCGUUGUUACUGCACCCGCCGAGACCAUCAUCGGGCCUUCUCGGGUCAUCACUCAACCCGCCCAGGUUAUCGCUAAGCCAAGGUUUACUCCUGCUCCCAGACCAGCUCGUGAGAUUGAAGUUCAUAAGAUUCCCAAGGCUCCAGCCCCCGCUCCGGAUGUUGGGAUCGGGAUUGAGGGUCCGGAGACCGAUAUCGAAAUUGAGGAUUUCGAGAUUGAGAUUGAUUUUGAAGCUCCAACUACGGGAGCACAGCCACUAGUACCUCGCCCAUCUGGCCGGGAAUCGGAGUCAUUCUUCGGCCCUGGCAUCGGCUCCAGUACAUUUUCUCUACAACUAUUCCCUCCAUCAAGUAUAAUGCUGACUUUACACAGAAGUUGGCCAAACACCCAGCACUCCCUUAGAACGCCCGAAGUUUGGCCCCGGCCCAGGUUCCCGGCCGCCACCGGCACUAUUCACACAUGAGGUCCCCUCUGACAAAAUAGAGCAUGAGGUGGAAGUUUCUCUUCCAAAGCCGUCUAGUGCUCCUCAAAGAUCCUAUCCGAUCCCCAUCCCACCGGGGGCUCCACUGGGUGCGCCAGCGCCGCCUUAUCCCUCCCCCAAAGAGCCCCAAUAUGCAGCUCCCGGACCCCAAGUGCAGCCCCCCGUCUUCCAGGGUUCCGCCCCGAAUCACCGCCCGGCGAUCUCAGCAGUUGUAGUAGGUAUCUUGGGGGCUAUGCUUGCCCUUUGAAGAGUUUUAUAAUGUCAAGGGUUUUUCACGCGGGUGAUUUAAUUAAUGUCCUUUUUUACACCAAGAGAGAGGUUUCGGGGGCUGUGGGCCGAUAAAAUUCGUGUUAGUUAGAUUUCCUAUGUAGAUUAAACGUAUUUCCUCUGAACUAUGAGCAAAGAGUGGGUGAUGAAUACCCGGAGAAUCAAACACGAUGCCGCCGGGAUUUCGUUGGAACAUACCAGACCGGCCAACUCUAAAUAGUAGAAAAGUGCGACCCGGGACGUGAUUAUGACGAUUCCACUUCGCUCCACGAAGCGCAGGCGAUAUAUCAAUAAUUCUCUCUGAUACUUUUACCGGUUAACCCGCGUCACAAAUCUAGGCUCUACUCGGCCCAGCUGAAGGGCGUUAUGAAGCCAAAAGCUUCAUACCGAGUGAUGAUUAAUGAUUCGUGAGCCAUCAUGCAAGGUCCCUUGGUUGGGCUGUCUUAUAAUACCUAAUUUAGCCCCGGAAACCCAGCCCAUUCCCAAUCUGCGGAGAGUGCGAGUCUGGGCCUCCGAUGCCACGGUACUCCCCGCGAGGGAAGCAUGAUAAUAUUAUGAUAGAACUUCUGGCCUAUCCGGGAUACUCGAGUACUGUAUUACGCCUACCAUUCCUGCCAUGGAUUCGUUCGCGGGUAUAAUGCCAAUAAUGUACUCGAGUACGAGUACUCUGUAUUCCGAACCGGGCGCCGUGCCCUGCCCGUACCGAUGCCAAAAAAAGUUGGUAUGAUAACAUAUUGCGGCAAAUUACACCAGAAACCAUUGAGGCGAGAAGGCACACCAAUACCGGUGCUUAGCUACCAGCUCAAACAUGACGAUGGCAAGGUCAUAAGUGAUUCCUAAGCAUUCAGAGAGGGCACGGGGCUAGAUCGGGGUAUGGCACCAUCGUGGGGAUGCCGUGGUUGCAUCAUG